UUCCGCGGUCACACUGGUGCGUAGCACAAUUAAUAAUUUCAAAUUAAGGGAAUAGGUUCAAAAAAUAUGGUAAAAUCACCAUGGCUGCGAGAGAAGAACGAGUCUCAGUCCCCGUGCCAAAUAGAAAACCCAAUGGGCUUGAAGGAAAGCAUCCAGGGAUCGCCGAGCGAGGAUUAUUUCGAUAUCCCAGAACAGCAUGCGCAGCGGCAUAUCAAAACUGAGCCGCAUGACGAACAAAAAUCCGUGGACUUUGAGCGGGAUCCUUUCGACGAGCUGGCAGAGCUACUCGAGGAAGAAAACGUGCCCGUGUACCUUGUUGAAAUGCCAUUAGAGGCGCCACCACCGCCAUCUAUCUCACUGCCCGAUGAUUGCUUUUUGUUUAAUAGACGUGCGAAAGUGGAAAUAGCCUCUCCCAUCGCCAGUUCUUCCGCCAGCAUCAGCGAACACCUGACCCCGAAACCAAAUCGAAGCGAAACUGCCUUGGACCCAAUGCAUGAAGUGCGAGUUCUAAGUAAAAGUCGAACUAUGUCCAGGCGAUCCAGUUGUUCUCAGCAAAGAAAGAAAUCUAGGCGUAGACGUUCUCGGAGUGGGUCUUCCAAAGAGCGACAAUGCAGUCCGACAAGGCCAGCACGCAGGAACAGAAACGAACGCAAAGGAGACAGGGCCACUUGCAGCCGUAAAGGGUCGCCAAAAGACAGUUCCUCGAUGGAAACUAAAAGAUGCAACAAAUCAAGAGGAAAAAUACCAGGCCAGAGGAAUCGUGAGAGAGUGCCAAGCAAGAGUACCUCGAGUACAAGCGACACCAAUAGGGAUAGAACACGCAGCUCAAACAGGGCGUGCUCCAGCGAUCGUGAACAGUUUCGCAAGAACAUGUCAUACAAGAGGCUAUCGCGCCGUAAAUUCGAAGAGAAUGGGAAUGUAUUUCGCCGUAGACGUUCUAGAAGUGGUUCAUCGAACAGAAGAAGCGGGCAUGGACACAGUGUGAGUCCCAUAAGAUCACCGCCCAGAAGCCGACAAGAGUUUUCCAGAUACAUUCGUCGCUAUUCCCCUAAACGAAUGUCCCGGUGGCGAUGUCUUUCUCGUGAGCCAACCGAAAGCCCCUCAAGAAGUAGAUCACGGCAACGAUGUUCUCGACUGCGUCGCAGAAGACACUCCAGAAGUAGAUCCCGACAGCAUUGUCGUUCCCGUGAGCCAGCUGCUCGCCACUCGAGCAGUAGAUCCCGAAGGCAUUGUCGUUCCCGUGAGCCAGUUACACGCCACUCGAGCCGUAGACCGCGACAGCAAUGCUCGCGCGAACCACCCAAACGCCACUCGAGAAGUCGAUCUUCUUUUGCUGAUAAUGAAACCAGGAUGAGAGACACUCUUUCUCCUGUCUGCUCGGCGAUGCCCAAUGAGAACUUGCAAGCGAGCGGUUUUAUACACCCAUCUCUGGGACAAGCCGCACCAAUGGCUCACAACUCUCCAAGGCCGAUACUACCCAUAAUAACCAGUCGAUUCGGAAAUCCACCACCACCGCACAGACAUUUGCCGCAAAUGCCAGGUUCCGUAGCCAGCAACCAAAUGUGGUAUACACAAACGCAUUAUACUCACUUUGAGUACAGCACCACGACCAUGCAAGAUGGUACGAGCUGGCAGGCACCUGUCUACCACUGUGCAGGCGCGACGCAUUCUGCGUUGGGACCCCACGAUCUGCGCCACCGCCUGGGCUCUACUCGCUCUGUGCCCUGGGGCCCACACGACCAUCGCCACCGGAUCCAGGGCCGCACAGAGUACAGUUCCUUUCCCACGGAGCAGGAACACAUGGCCCCCCCUUCCAGUACAACUACCUUCGGCCAGACGGGCUAUCCGAGCCAAUAUUUCACAAAUGGCUACUUUUUGUAAAUAUCAAAGAAUUCUGUUUAAAACUUAUUUUUAAUAGAUGGUCAAGAACCGUGAACCGAGAACCGCUUUAUUUUUUGCAUUUUGAUUCUCCAUCAGUGUCAAUAAUAAUCAUACAAAGGCUUCCUCGUAUUAU